CCCUUCGAAUCGCAGGUCGCUGGGCACGAAGGUCUGCUCGAGGAUGAUACCGGAUUGUUGCUGAUCAAGCCCUGCACGAAGACCGAGGUGCGAUUCUACGACGAGUCCGUCAAUCACCCCGAAUUACGCGAAUGGAUGCCCGCAUACAUGGGGUCAUUACAGCUCGGUCUACCCGAAAACGUAUCAAGAGAAAUGAUCCCCGAGGAGGCAUCAAUACCGGCGAUAGAGGACGAUAAAGGCGGCGGAGGCCGGCCGAACAAGAAGCUAGAGCAAGCUGUCGUACUGGAGAACUUGACCAACGGCUUCAAGCGCCCUUGUGUCAUGGACAUCAAGUUGGGAUCACGGCUGUGGGCGGACGAUGCAACGCCAGAGAAACAGGCAAGGAUGGAGCAGGUAUCGCGAAAUACCACAAGCGGUGUCAUGGGAAUGCGGAUCACCGGAAUGCGCGUCUGGCGCGCCGAACAGUGUUCUUUUGAGGUCUUUCCGAAAUCCUACGGCAAGUCUCUGACUGCAUUGACCCUUCCCGCUGCCCUCCGACAAUUCUUUUCUGCGAGACUGCUGCCAACGCAAACACCCCUUAUCCUUAGCCGUUUUGUGGAGGACGUCGAACUCAUCAUCGCUGCCCUCAACGAAGAGGAGCUGCGUAUGUUCUCCUGUUCGUUACUUUUCAUUUACGAAGGUGAUGCAGGUGCAUUAAGCGAAGCCAUUGCCGAAGAAGCAAAGAAGGUCAUCAAUGAGGAACUAUACCCUCCGAGUGACAGCGAAGGAACACAUUCUGAGGAAGAAAUAGAAGAGGACGAGGAAGAAGAAAUCAAGAAAGUCAUAGAGCUGAGAUUGAUUGAUUUUGCUCACGCCAAAUGGUUGCCUGGGGCAGGCCGAGAUGACAAUAUCUUCCGGGGCGCGAAGAAUGUUCUAUAUCUACUCCGU